AUACGAGGAUCUACGCAUUUUAAUUAAAGAGAAAUUCUUAUGCAGGGCACUCGCACCACCUCAUGUGUAGAUCAACUGAGAACAGAACCAGAAUAAUCGAGAUAAAAUAUAUAUAUAAGGACAUGAAGAGGUCACCCGUUGAAUUUGACGCAUACAUACAUUAGCCUUCCUGCCGAAACAUAUAGCUUUUGAUUUUGGUGGCCAUGCUCAGACUGAUUUCUCAAAAAACGUUUCAGUGUGCGAAUUUCACUACCCAUUGCAAACCCAACUCUUGCUCAAGCUUUCAACGAUGUGGGUACACUGCCCAAUUGACCCAACACUUGACGUGCCACCCAGAGCUUCCCAACCCAGAAUUCGACUCUUACGCCUACGCAACUACACUCCAGCAUCACAUCCAAACCGGCGACUUUACUUCAGGAACGGCUCUUCACUGCGAUAUUGUGAAGAAAGGCGGAUGCUUGGACCUGUUCGCUUACAACAUUCUCGCCAACAUGUACGUGAAAGCGGGUCUAGUCAGUGAUGCAGUCAAGGUGUUCGACGAAAUGCCCCACAGAAAUGUCAUUUCGUUCGUCACGUUAAUCCAGGGGUUUUCGGAGUCUCAACGCUUCGUCGAGGCUGUAGAGUUGUUCAGUAGGUUGCAUAGAGAAGGCCAGGAGCUGAACCCGUUUGUUUUCACUACCGUCUUGAAGUUGCUUGUGAGGAUGGGAUUGGCUGAGCUAGCUUGGACUGUCCAUGCUUGUAUUUAUAAGCUCGGACAUGGAAACAAUGCCUUUGUUGGCACUGCUCUCAUUGAUGCAUACUCUGUUUGCGGCGACGUGGAUAUUACUAGGGAUGUUUUCGAUGGGAUUGUUUGUAAGGAUAUGGUAGCUUGGUCUGGGAUGGUAGGGUGCUAUGCUGAGAAUGGCGGUUUUGAAGAAGCGGUUGAGCUCUUCUGUCAAAUGAGGGUGAUUGGAUUCAGGCCUAAUAAUUAUACUUUCAGCGGUGUGCUUAAGGCCUGUCUCAGGUUAAAGGCACUGGAUCACGGCAAGUGUGUUCAUGGAUGUGUGAUAAAAUCAUGUUUUGAAAAGGAUCUAUAUGUUGGUAUUUCAUUGCUCGAUUUAUACACCACAUGUGGAGAUGUUGAUGAUGCUAGGAGGGUAUUUCAAGAUAUGCCUAAAAAUGAAGUGAUUCCUUGGACUCUCAUGGUUUCACGGUAUGCUCAGAGUGACCACUGUGAAGAGGCGCUGGACAUGUUCUGUCGGAUGAGGCAAGCUUUUGUCGCUCCCAAUCAGUUUACGUAUGCUAGUGUGCUGCAAGCUUGUGCAACCAUGGAGAGUUUAGUUUUGGGGAAGCAAGUACAUUGUCAAGUAGUCAAGGUUGGUCUUGACUCAGAUAUCUAUGUUUUAAAUGCCCUCAUGGAUUUCUAUGCUAAAUGUGGACAAAUAGAGAACUCAAUGGACCUGUUUGUGGAAUCAUCGAACAGAAAUGAUGUAUCUUGGAACACAAUGAUUGUUGGUUAUGUCCAGUUAGGUGAUGGGGAGAAGGCGUUGACUUUGUUUUCAGAUAUGCUUAGAUGCCAAGUGCAGGUCACAGAAGUGACGUACUCUAGUGCUCUCCGUGCUUCCGCUAGCAUAGCAGCGUUGGAGCCAGGACUUCAGAUUCAUUCAGUGACGAUUAAAACCAUAUUUCACGAGGACACUGUAGUUGGUAAUUCUUUGAUAGACAUGUAUGCCAAGUGUGGGAGCAUCAAAGAUGCCCGCUUGGUGUUCGAUAAGUUGAAGCAACGAGAUGAAGUUUCAUGGAAUGCAAUGAUCUCAGGAUAUUCUUUGCAUGGUCUUGGUAAGGAGGCUCUUAAACUUUUUGAAAUGAUGCAGGAAACAAAUUGCAAACCAAACAAGUUAACCUUUGUUGGUGUCCUAUCGGCAUGUAGCCAAGCAGGACUGUUAGACCAAGGAAAUGCUUAUUUUAAUUCUAUGGUAGAAGACUACUACAUUGAACCAUGCAUGGAGCACUAUACUUGUAUGGUCUGGCUACUAGGGAAAUCAGGCCAGCUUGGUAAGGCUGUGAAGUUGAUUGGCGAAAUCCCAUUUGAACCUAGUGCUAUGGUAUGGCGUGCUUUGCUCGGAGCCUGUGUUAUCCAUAAUGACGUUGAGCUUGGAAGGAUUUGUGCCCAGCAUGUGCUUGAAAUGGAUCCCCAAGAUGAGGCUACGCAUGUGCUGUUGUCAAACUUAUAUGCCACUGCAAAGAGGUGGGAUAAUGUGGCUUCUGUUAGAAAAAACAUGAAAAGGAAAGGAGUAAAGAAGGAGCCAGGCCUAAGUUGGAUUGAGAACCAGGGCACAGUUCAUUAUUUCACUGUGGGUGAUACUUCACAUCCUGAUCUGAGACUGAUCAAUGGGAUGCUGGAAUGGUUGAAAAUGAGAACCUUGAAGGCAGGUCAUGUUCCCAAUUGUAAUGUUGUUAUGCUUGAUGUUGAGGAUGAUGAAAAGGAGCGCCUCUUGUGGGUACACAGUGAAAGAUUAGCUCUAGCACUUGCGCUGGUUAGAACUCCAUCUGGGAGCCCCAUUCGUAUCAUUAAAAAUCUUCGGAUAUGUGUAGACUGCCAUGCCACGAUGAAGUUAAUAUCAAAGGUCGUGCAGCGUGAAAUAAUUGUUAGAGAUAUGAAUCGGUUCCAUCACUUUAAGGGUGGCAUUUGCUCCUGUGACGAUUACUGGUGAUUGAUUUUUAUUAAGAUCUGGUACUAGGAAGGUGAUUUCAUGAAGUCUUCCUGUCCUAAACAUGGAGAAGUAGAAUGGGAUGCAUUCUCUCGCAGGUGGUAGUGGAUUAGAACAAUGGUGGAUUAGGCAGGUCUAUUGAAACUUGCUCCAUGGUAGCAACACCAGGAGUCAAAGUUGGCCUUUCUUCAAAAAUUUCUGCAAACAGGUUCAAGGCUAGGAGUGGUAGUGGAUUAGAACAAUGGUGGAUUAGGCAAGUCUAUUGAAACUUGCUCCAUGGUAGCAACACCAGGAGUCACAAUUUGCCUUUCUUCAAAAAUAGCAACACCAGGAGUCACAAUUUGCCUUUCUUUAAAAAUAGCAACACCAGGAGUCACAAUUUUCCUUUCUUCAAAAAUUUCUGCAAAUAGGUUCAAGGCUAGGAGUGGAAAUUCCAGCCUUUGGUUUGUGUAUUUCUGUUUCGACGAUUGACAUGCACUUCAAGCCUCACAUAAUAUGAAUGUCCUUCCACUAGUUUGCUGCCUAGAUCUUAAUUGCUGCCCAAGUGAUGUCUCACCAGGGAAAUGACUAUAUUGGCAAAGCUUGUGACUACCGUACAAGUAUUUGCACUAGAAGAAUAUUGGUCAACCUUAGCUGCCAUUUUUAUUAUCUUGAAAGAAAAGUAUGAAUCAGGUAUAACUUAGAGUUUCCACAGAAGAAAACAUAUCUCAAAUUUAUCUAUAACAAAUUGCAUUUUUUUUUAUUGUCAAAAAUAAAUAAAUGCAUUCCCUUUGAGAGAAUUUACCUGUUGAGAAAGUAACAGUUCAUCUUACUGAAAAGAGCUUGUUUAUAGCUCUGCUUCAAAAGAGAAUUGACAAACCAACUAUAAAGUCCCCACUAUCACUAGCAGUAUUCAAAUUAUUCCAAUUAAUGUUGAAUUUCUAUUUGACUUUGUUUUCUUUGUGAUCCACUGAGACUCAUUACUAGUUAUAUAUCCAACUCCAGAUGAAGCACUAAAUUAGGUUGCAUAGUAGAAAUCAUUUUUAUCUUCCACUUAAAAAAGAAAUUAAAUGUGAUCAUUUCCUAGAAUAAAUCAUCUAUUUAUAAUUAUAUACAUGUCAAGGUGUCAUCUAAACAAUGUUGCCUUUGUGUAUUCACAAGGAAAUUGUUUGAUACAAGUAGCAUUGCAUCCUUGUUCGACACUAAAUGUCAUGGACUCAACUUGCUUCUCAGAUCAGCAAAGCCAAACAAAUAUCUAAAAUUACUUGGAGAAAGACUCUGUUUUCUCCUUUUCCAUUGCCCUUUGAUCAGAAUCUCAAUGUUGCCCAAUGAAUAACUAACUGGAUUAAGCAGUGUGUUCUGUUGCCAAACCCAGAGUAAAUUAAGGUGCCUCUGUUUGACGUCACUGAUCAUCAUAUCCGAAAACAGUCCUGAUACUGCAACUUCAUUUCAUAUACCCUCUAAUUGUCAAAUGUUUGUAGGUAAGGAGGGUCUGACUUAUAGAAGGCUACACUUUCAGAAGAUUUUGUGCAUCAAUUCUUUGGUAACAGGUGUGGCUUUGGGUAAGCUUUCUUUAUAUAUUCAAGUCACACAAAUUUGCCAGAAUUCUUCCACGUGUUCAGAGGAAGAGAUUGAUGAAUUAUUUGACAAAUAGUUACUCACUUGUAUAACUAUUAUGAGAACAUUGAAUUGCUCGAUUCGAUUCUGUAGAGCACUGAAACUGUAAUGUAGUUUGUACAGCUCACAAUUGAAACUUCAUGUAGCUUCACCGAAGUUUUGGGUAGUCGGCAUCAUGCUAUCAAUAUGUAUUCUCAUACUGAAAUUUUUGAUUAUCUGACUACAUAUUGAUAGCAACACUGUAUAAAUUUAUAAGUUGUAACAUGAAGAAAAUGUUUUCUGAUGGUUCACAGUGAGUUACCUACCAGAUUGAGAG